AUGACUUACUUUCUUGGUAUAGAGAUCCACAAGUCAAAAUUGGGAUUUCAUAUACAUCAAAGAAAUUAUGCACAUGAGAUAUUGAAGAGGUGUGAUAUGGAUCAUUACAAUGCUGCAAAUACACCAACUGAGGCAAGGUUACAACUGUCCAAAGGUGAUGAUGAGCAGGAUGUGGAUCCAAUGCAAUAUAUGAGAUUGAUUGGAUUGUUACGUUAUCUAUGCAACACGCGGUCAGAUUUGGUGUUUAGUGUCGGUAUUGCAACUAGAUUCAUGGAGAGACCGAAGGUGUGUCACUUGGCGGCAGUUAAGAGAAUCAUACGAUACGUCAAAGGUACUCUUGGUUGCAAAAUUCUUUUUCCCACAAAUGACACGGGCAGAAAGUGCGAAUUUCUCGGUUACAUGGAUUCCAAUUGGUGCGAAGAUAAGGACGAUCGAAAGUUUACAUCUGGUUAUGUCUUUAUGUUUGGAGGAGCUCUAAUCCCUUGGUGUUAUAAAAAGGGACUUGUGGUGGCACUCUCUUCUUGUGAGGCCGAGUAUAUCACGAUGUCGUUGUGUGCGUGUCUGGCUUUGUGGCUUGUGAAUCUGCUGGAAGAGUUGGGCAGCAAUAUGGAGGAAGAUGUCACACUCUUGGUUGAUAAUGUUUCAGCUAUUAGUCUUGCUAAGAAUCCCAUAGCACAUGGGAGAAGCAAGCAUGUUGCAAUGAGGUUUCAUUACUUGAGGGAUCUGGUGUGUGCAAGCCAGUUGCGAUUAUGA